CUAUGCGCUGGAUACAGCAAUCAGUAUGGCGGACAGCGAAAGCGAUGUAGAUACAGAGGGACUUGAAUCAGCCCUAGACUCGUUGUGUAACAGACAUUGCAGCGACGAGUCGUCGCUGAAGAGCAAAAACUAUUGCUCUGAGUUUUGUGAGCUGGUUGAGGAGUACACAGGGCAAUGGCAAGUCCCUCUCCCUCAACUGAUGGUGCUGCGUACAGCACUCUGCAGUUUCACCAAAGCCACUGCUGCCUUCCCCGAUGACUGUCAGCACAUCCACUAUGUUCUCAGUAGUUUGGCCUUGAGCUUUUUUGAACUGAUGCUGUUUUUUAGCAAAGAAGAAUUUGUGGAAGACCCUUUGAAAGACAUCCUUGAUUCCUUUCAGGAGUGUCACACUCAGCUCCUGAGGCACAGGAAUGGCUACUUUCAGCAAGUAAAGCUGGUCAUCAAAGCAGGAGGACCAUGGGAGAAUCCAGUGUUGCAAAGAAUCUUGAAGGAGGCAGACUUGCAGUCAAAAGAUGUUGAGGAAUACCUGAGCUCAGAGUUGCCUGUAUUCUUGGAGCUGCGGGUCCGGUACCUGCAGGCCUGUGAAAAGUUGCAGGAGGCUAUGGCACUUUCUAAAAGCUGCCUGGAAAAUAGUGAGGCCGGCAAGCACCUGUUCUUCCAUCAGGCCUACUUGACCUGCCUCUACAAGGCCUCGCUUCAUGACCAUCUUCACAAGGAGAUGGCAGUGAUAGAUGGUCGUGAUGCAGUCGAGAUCAUCUGCAACACGGAACGCGUUGAAAAAGAUGAGCUCCUGUUGUCACUGUGUAAAACUUUCCUUACCCAGUAUCUACACAAUGGAGACAUGUAUUACAUCUGGGACCUGGUCUUCAUCUGGAGUAGGUUGCAUCUUAGGGCCCAUUCCUCAAGACCAGGCUUCCUGGCUGAGUGCUUAACAUUGGCCUCCUCUGCUACCAAUGUUAGAGCCAUCUUCCCUUUCAUCAAACUGGUCACCACAGAGGUGGGUGGUGAUGGAAUUGAGGUCUGUGUCGAGCUUUGUGCCAGGGCUUUGCACCUGUGUGACAUACAGGCGGAUUCUGUUACCCGAUCAUUGGUCUGCAAGACCAUCGCCUUCCUUCUACCGCAUGAUCUGGAGAUCUGUCGAGCGUGUGCGCUGUUGGUCUUCUGUCAAGAACGCAGCCUGGAGGCUUACCGAACCGUCUGCAUUCUUUACAUGCAUCCUGACCAGGACCAGAAUCCCCACAGCAGUCAUGUUCGGACCAAUGUUCGCUUUCAUAUUUUGCAGAUGUUGAAGGAGCGCCUGUGCUUUGACCCUGAGUUUUGGAACAUCCUCACCCUCAGGUCCCAUUGCUUGGAGUUGAUAAGUGACAGCGUCCUGAAGGCUGCUGUUCUCAAUGAGAUGAUGGAAGAAGAGAAAGUAUACAGUGAAGAGCUGUCAACAAAUUGUUUGAAUGAGCCAUGCACCCAAGAUGUCAGUGUGCCCCAGUGCACUGAAGUUACAUUAGUGAACCAAGACCCUCCAGAAGAGCAGAUUGUAGAUGAACAGGCAAGGCAGUGUGUUUCCCCGUCAAAUAAUGCUCCCUUGAAGAGGAGAAAAAGGAGGAGAAGGCUGCGAAAGAGAAAACAUGCUGUGUCUGAUGAUGAGGCAGAACCUGGUGAUGACCCAGAGUUCAAAUACAAUCUACAAUCCACCUUGCCGGCUAACAAGCCAAUGUAUUCACUGAGACGCACUCACACUAAAAUGGACAGUUCUGCAUCUGCAAAGCUCCCUCUUAACCGCAAGAGAGAGUAUUUGUCCAGAUGUGUGAAGAGCCAAAUUUUGAAAAGGAAAGGUCGGAAGAGACGUUGGUUGCAAGGCCUUCCAAAGCUGGAGCAGGUACAGACGGUCCUAGAGAAGUUGGUCAAAGUUAAAGGAAAGAAACGGGGAAGGAAGCCUUUAGUCAAAGUGGAAUUCUCUUACCCUGAUAAUGAAAUUUUUCUUUCUGGAGAUGAAUCUGGUUUUGAGGAGAAACCUGACACAGACAAUAAAGAGCUGGAUGUGCCUCAUCUGGACAAUGAACUUAAACCAAAGAGUGAAGACAAAGAGAAUCAGCUUGAGUCAUUAAAAGACCUUGGAGAUGAAAGUGGACCUGUGAAAGAUACCGACAUGGUCUGUGUCAACAGUGACAGUGAACACACCCAAGAGGAAUCGGAAACACAGCCGGACUCUAAGCUUAAUGAAGGUCCUCCGAGUGAAAUUCCUGCUGUCGAAGGGGAUCCUGAGCUCGAUGGACCACUCUUGGAGCUAAUGGACUGUCCAAUAGAACUGCAACACUGCUACUCUCUUACUUUCAGAAACCCUGACGGUGACGAAUUGCAAGAAUCCAUAGCACCAGAUGAGAUUAAUGGAGAUUCAGAACAGGAGCCACAACCCCCCAUGGAAACAGAAGUCUCAAAAACUAAGCCAAAAAUCAAGAGAACUUGGAAGGACAGACUACUUCGCACUCGACAGUUUGCCCAUAUGAUGCACCAUUGCAACAUCUGCCGUAAAGACUAUAAAGGCUUGAAUAUCAUGAGGCACGCUCUAUCACACCUCAAGAGUAAAAGACUGAGAUGUAUACUGUGUGGAAAACGCUUUAAACAGUUUUCUUUUGCCAAAAAGCAUGUUCUGGACCACUUUGAUGAAAUGUACAAGCCCACUGAUAAGAAGCCCCGCACCGAGGACACCCCACUUGCAAAUGGAGUAGUAGUGAAUGAGGAAAAUCCAAAUCAGCCCCAGAUUGAAAAUCAGACUUCUAUUGCGAAAGAGGAAAUCCCUGAACGGAAAACUGGAGGCAAAGUGAAAGUUUCCAGCCUCAAGAGGGAAGAACGGAUCAUCAGAAAUAUCCGUACCCUUAUCAAAAAGACAUCUGUGCUUCACAAAAAGUGCAAGAGCCCAAAUUCAAAUAUUUUUAAGAAGGUGGAAUUCCAGGAUGAGCAGGUAGUCAUUAAAGAUGGCCUGGUGAUUAUAAAAGAUCCAUCUGUGAUCGAGAGGAACAGUCAAGACGAAGAGGGGAAAGAUAACCCAGUCGGAGAGAAUGGCUGUGGUUUGGACAUCACGUAUCACUUGUGUCCAUCGGAGACCUGUGAUAGAGUAUUUUUGAGGACCAGUUCAACACUAAUAAAGCAUGCAAUCAAAUGCCAUAUUAAGGAAGACAAUGUGCUGGAGAAGACUUUCGUUUGGGCCAAGCACAAGUGCACCCUCUGUCUCAGGCAGUUUCAGUUUUUCCAGAAUUAUAAAGACCACAUGAAGCUCCAUGAUGAUCCUCUCCAGCACUUCUGCUACCAUCUAGACUGCAGCCAGCGUUUCAUGACUCAGCAGGAAAUAAAGGACCACAUCAGGACUCAUGAGCCCUUCAGACCCCAGUGUCCCUUCGCAGACUGUGAAAAGCUCUUCUCCACCCUUCACCCUGGCCUCUAUGACCAUGAGUGGAGACACUACAUCCCAGCACCUCAAAGAGAGGAGAUGGAAUUGGCAGCGAGUAGACAGAAAAACCAAAGUGCAGACGCUCCGUGGAAGCAGAGAGUGAAGGUUGAGGAGUUGUGGCUGCAGAAUAAAAAGGAGCAGAGGGACAGUUCCACCCCUCAUCAUGUUGAGGCCUUGAAUCUUGAGGAACUAGGGGAAAUGAGCAAAACUGCUGCGCAGCAUUGUGAUGUAAAUGAUCAAAGUGGCGGUGAAGUCUAUUAUGAGCCUUCAGAAGACAACAAACACACACCCAUCAAUGGAUAUGAGGAAGAGGUGUCAGACAGUGCGACCUCUACCUCUCUUGGUGCCGCAGCAACCACUCCAGACAAGAAGUCUCGGAAAAGAAUGCCUGUCCAGGUGGACCCUUUGAAUGUCAAAGACCUUGAGCAUUUGUCUACUUUGUCUGAGGGCGCACAGCAGAGACUGGGAGAGCCACACAUCACCGAGCACAAAACCUUCAAACCCGAAGAUCCCACCUACGCAACUUUUGUCAAAGCCCCCUUCAUACGGCCGCCGCCCUCCACUUACCUGGAUGAAUCUGUGCUCUCGAUGCGCAAGAGGAGGUCCACUGAGGCGGCGGCCCCGAGGAAGAAUAUUUACUGGAACAGUAAGAAAAAGGAGACUGAGCCAGAGAAGGCGAAGGACGUGGUUAACGUGAUCUCCCAGACGAAGGUCAGACAUCGAUGUGACAAAUGUUUGUCCUUCUUCAGCAGCUUGGAGGAAUUGACAAAACACCAAGCGCUCAAAAACUGCUCUUCACUCUUCGGCUUCGAUUCAGAUGAUGAAAGUUAGUAGUGCGUGUAGUGGAGCUGUAGCUGGAACGACCCUGACACUCAUCACCUGGCUCAGGAACACAAAAUAACACUGGAAGCCUUCGUACGAAAGAAACCCAAACACUGUACUUUUAUUCACUUUUUGAACACCUGUUUGUUAACAAAGGCAGGACAUGUGCCAAAACGGUUAACUGGAGCAUUGAAUUCAUUUAUAAAACUUCAGGAGCAAUACAUUUAAAAUAUAACUUCAGAAAAACUAAUAUUUCUUUUUUUGUUAAACUACAGAAUGCCUGAAUAGAGGGAGACAAAGCUCUCUAAAUCAGAAUUAACUGGGAAAAACUUAAGGAGUCUUAGUCUCACUAAUCUUAUUUGUAUUCAUCAUAAGUUAAAAGUACUAGUACAUGGCUUGAUUAUUGACUUGCACAUGUAUGCUGUCGUUUGCAUCUCCCUGCUUCACACUGGCAAAAGUCCCCUGCAGAAUUUGAUAAAGGUACAAAAAGGAUUUCUUUAAAUGUCAUAUCGUUGAAACGCCUUAUUCAGAACAGGUAUUAACCCAAAUCCUGCGUCAUCAGCGUCUCCGCAUCCGUCUCCAGUGACCAUUUGUGAUCAAAUCUUUCUUCUCCUGCUUGUGUUUCUGCAAACGGACGUGUACGUAAUUUCCGUUAGUAGUCAAAUUAUGUCCAACCAUCCAGUUCAAAUGUUACGUACAUUUGAGUUGAUGCUUUUUCAGUGAUGUGUUUGGAUUCACACUGCUAAAAGAACAUGGCCACAUGCACCCACAUGACCUGGGUUUUAUCCACACUUGUUCCAACCAGUGUUCUCCUCAUGCCUCGUUGGUAAAGACUCAUUGAUAGAGGCUCCUAGAGACUUAACAGAGAGGAUUUUACAUGUAGUUCAUUAUGGCCAGUGUUUCUAACUGUAUGAAAUAUUGUAAAAAGAAAAAUCACAGUAAUGAAUGGACAGUUGAGCAGCACAGAGAAAGUACAGUCUUCCAGAUAAGUCAUGUUUUGUUCUUCGAGAGAGGGUUUCACAAUGUUUAUUAGACAUGUCAAUAACUGGAUUCUCAAAGAUAUAAAAUUUACUUUAACUCCUGGAAAAAAAAUCCUCUAAACCUUUGUCACCUAACAGCAACUUUCCGAACUGUAAGAUGAGCUACAUGUGUGUUAUUUGAGGUCGGGCACAUCUUUUUUUUUACCUACAACUUCUGCUCAUAGCAUUAUAUGAAUUUUUGGACUGAUUGAAGCUGAAACCACGUAAAUCUGCUUUCAUGGCGUCACGUAAAUUCUCUGUACAGCGUACGUGUCGCCACUUUAUUAGUGCCAAGACUGAAUCAGUGUCACACUGUAGGUGAAAAUUGAAACCUAACACAGCACCACUUUACUUUGAAUUUCAAAGUGUAUCAUUGUUACUCAGUGUAACUCCAUUGUCAUGUAUUUUAUUGUGUAGAAUAUUUAACAUUGGUCCUCUUAUGUAUAUAUAUUUUUAAGAUCUGUUUGAUAACUUUUUACUGUCAUCUUUUUAUGGGACUGUGCACUUCGACCUGCUUAUUUAUAUGUACAAAUGUUAAUAGCCUGGAUUUGUAAAGGUAAUGAUUCAUCAUCUAUUUUUCUUAAGAAAUUAUGUGAUUAAAUUUGUUCGAAUAAACAAAUCACUCUGUC